AUGCAGUUCACCACGGCUCUCCUUUGGACUGCUGGCUUAUACACUUCGGUGUAUGGCCAGGGGUUUGCUGAUGAGUGUACCGACAUCUACCUCAAGGAGGGCUGGGUGGUAGGAACCUGUCCCACCAGCGACGGGACCGGAACCAUCACCAGCAGUGUCUACCUCCCGAACAAGAUCACAAACAGUGAGGCCACACUAGAGGAGCACAUCGCCAACUAUGAUGGACACUUACUGUCCAACCUGACGGGCAGCGUCACCUCUAUUCCGGCCAACUCGUCGUGGCCAGUGCCCUCGGAUUUUGAGGUACAAUUGCAGAUUUCCAGCCUGGACAGCAACUGCUCGUCGAUUGGGGGUUACCUGACGCUGAACGAUCCGCUGGACUGCUACUAUCUCGACGUGGGGGUGGAGUACUACUGGUACGCAGCCACCACGGCGAACAACCUGGGAUGGAAGAUUGUGGCGUAUCACGAUAAGACGUGUAGCGGUGACGCUGUGGGCAGCUUCACGCCGGACAAUGUAGACACUUGCCUUCACUUCCCCGAUGGAGUCUCGGGAUUUGCCGUCCUUCCGCUGUGGAAUGCCGACUGA